GCAACUUAAGCAGUAGACUAGAUAGCAUUAUUCCAGUUUUAUUGGUGCAGCACCCAAAAAACUGUAGCGCAUACCGCAUACCGCCGACUGCAAAGAAACUACCAUAGCAUAGCAUGUAAAAUCACUGUGAAAAAGAGUGGCUUCCGUUCAAGCUCGAAUCUGUGUGUGAAGUGAUUUUUUUCUUUUUUUUUCAAUCGAAAGUUGUGAUUUCUCGUUGUGUUUUUGUGCUGUGAUAAAGCGCGUUAGUAAUUAAGUGCGAGUAAAUGAAAUUGCAUUCGCGUAGUAAAACCGUAGAUAUAGAAAAUAAAUAAAUAAGCAGAGGAGCAAAUAUCGAUUAUAAGCAGAAAAUAUGACAUUCGUGCAACGGUUUGUGUGCGACAGGCAUGGCCGGUAGCAAGCAUACAGCAACAACAACAAUAAUUCAACACAACUGGUGAUUAUAAGUUAAUAGACUGUGACUGACGACAGUUAAAUAUCAAACCAACCAAGCAACCCAGACAUAGUCUCUAUUAAAAUAAAAAUAAACAAAAAUCGUCCAUUUUCACAACACACACGCCAUUAUGGAUUGGAGCUGGGCCAUUGCGGGUGUCAACGAUGAUAUACCACGUACAGCCGGUCCGGAAUGUAUCAACUACAUGACGAAUCGACGCCGCUGGAUUGAAUCCACCAUUUUAAGCGCGAUCUUCAUCUAUCUAAUCUGCUGGGCUGCAAAGCGCAUGGAACCGAUUACAUUGCCGCCAUUGAAGGAAAUCAAUAAGCCACACUCUGCUGUCAGACUCAUGCUAAUGCUAUUGAUGACUUUCGUAUUUGGUGUGGAAAUGGGUUUUAAAUUUGCGAAUAAAAAUAUGAUAUAUGUUUUGAAUCCAUGUCACAUACAAACUUUGGUGCAGAUCUAUCUUUUAGCAGCCAAGCCCAGUAAGACGACCAUAGCAUUAUUUCGCAUACAAAUGAAUAAUUUGAAUGGUCCCUUUUUGGCGUUUCUAUUUCCGGAAGUCGAAUGUCGUACGCUACAUUUUGAACAGGCAACUUAUUGGAUACAGCAUGCGUUAUUAUAUAUAAUACCGGCAUAUAUAUUAAGAACUGGCGCUUAUCAAAUUGAGGACUUACACGACUACAAUUGGACUACUAUCGGCACUGCUACAAUGUUGCUCUAUCAUUUUGCCUUUCUAAGCACUAUGUCGAUGUUUACCGGCAUAAAUCUCAGUCAUAUGCUAUGCGCCGCACUAUCGGAUCCAUUUCAAGGGCAAAAUUAUCGCAUCGCCGCUACGAUACAUGAAAUCUUUCUCUGUCCCAUAUUGAAUAAAACAACGGUACUAAUGUUCAGCAAACCCACGCCAGUGUCCACUGUCAAGAAACUGAGACCCAAAUUCGAAUUACCACUCAAUAGUAGCGCCAAAAACGAUAGACGUCUCUCAAGCGAUAAUCCAUUGCUCACCACAAAGGUCUGCCAACGGCACGGGCAACUAUCAAAAUCAGUACCAACGACACCUACCACCAACAUAGCACCAAACAUCAACAACAGCUCACCAAUAAGUGAAAUCUCAUUAGUGGCCGAAAUGGCGGCCGCAGUGGCUGGUGGUAGUGGACCGAUCACAGUGAUGCGCCGCAUGAAACGUAAUUCCAUUAAUUCAGUCACAAACAAUGCCGAUGAACUGGUGAAUGGUGAAUGCACGUGCGCCACAAACGCUGCCACAGUUGGUGCAUAUGCAAAGCGUGCAACCAAACUAGACUAGUAUAUAACGUUGGUUGCUGAUAGUACUUUGUGGAUACAGCUAAUUAACAUUUCAGGCUCGUAGUGCUGGUAUAGUGUUGAUAUUGGGGGAAAAGCAAUAUAAAAAGUGCGAUUAAUUUGGCAGGUCAAUUGUAUUUGAGACUAAACGGCUAGAAAAUCAAGCGGUCAUGCUUUAAUGUACCUGAGUAUUCCGUAUGCUGAAGAUGACAGAAAAUUCAAAUUCAGAGAGGAAAUUAAAAUUCAAAAUUAUGGUGGCAAUAAAUCUUACACUCUUUUUACAUACAUACAUACAUAAGCGGCUGUAAGUUGUAUAAAUAUGGCGAAUGUGCGCAGUUGAGGGACUGUAAAUACAUUAAUAGAAAACUGUAACUUCGUAAAUUUUCAGAAUAUUGUAGUUGUAUGCAUACACAUACAUACAAGCAUAGCAGUUAAUUUUACUUAUAAUUUUAAAUGUAAACUAAGUAACUUACACACUUCAUUAAUUAUUACACGGCAUCUAAUAGUAACUUAAAAUAAAAAUAAAAUAAAAUUCUCAUGCAAACUACGAAAUUGCAUAAGCAUACAUUAACAAAUUUUUAUAAACAAUUAGGGUUGUUAGCAAAGUUAAUGUAAAACGCUAACUAAAGCAACCAAUUAUUGUAGUCGAUAAAUGCUCAUCAAAAAUUAUACUUAAUAAACGUCACUAAGUUGUUAAGCGAUUCAGCUUUAUAACAGCAAAAAAAUAUGUACAUAUAUAUGUAUAAUUUUUUAGAAAUCUUGUAUCAAUUUUUCUUGCCAAUUAAUGAAAAUGUUAACUAUGCAUGUAGUAUUUAACUAGUGUCCAAUCAAAGCAUAAUAAUGCUUAAUAUUUAGAAUUUGUCUUAAUUUUCAAAGCAAAAUGAAAUGAUUUCAAAAAUUUAUUUCUGUAUGCAUAAAAGUUGUGAUUUCUCAAUUAAUAAUAUGAUUUUAAAAUAUAAACGGUAAAGUCGGAGAUACAUUAUGGAUAAGUUUAGCUUACCGUAAAUUAAAAAAAAUCGUAUAGUGUAUAAAAAAAGUUAGUUAUACCAAACUGAUACUCAAAAUGACUGUAAACUGUUUCCAAAGACAUAUACAUAUAUAACUAUAUAAUAAUAUUAUUACUUAAUAAAAUUCAUAUAAUAAAAACAUAUUUUAAAAACUUAA